GGCUGCCUGAGGAGCCGGAGCGGCGGAGGAGGCGGCUGAGGCGGGCGCGAUGAUGUCGGUGCGGGUGGCGGCGCCGCCGGCCGUGGAGCUGAAGGAGCUGGCCGGGGCCCUCGACAAGGCCGGCGGAGGAGGAGGAGGAGGAGGAGGCGGAGGCGGCUCCGGGCCCUGCGCCCCGCCGCCCCAGCCCGAGCCCGGCCUCCCGAGCGCGGCGGCGGCGGCGGCCCCCAAGGCGCCCCAGGCUUCGGCCAUGAAGCGCAGCGACCCCGCGCCGCUCUCCAGCGCCGCCGCCCAGGCCCCGCGGCUGGCCGGCGACGGGGCCGGCGCGGUGGGGCCGCUGGGGGAGGCCCUGGUCAGCCCCGACGGGACCGUCACCGAGGCGCCGCGCACCGUCAAGAAGAUCCAGUUUGCUGACCAAAAGCAAGAAUUCAACAAGCGCCCCACCAAAAUCGGCCGCCGCUCACUGUCCCGAUCCAUCUCCCAGUCGUCAACAGACAGUUACAGCUCUGCUGCCUCGUACACAGACAGCUCUGACGAUGAGACGUCCCCUCGGGACAAGCAGCAGAAGAACUCCAAAGGCAGCAGCGACUUCUGCGUGAAGAACAUCAAGCAGGCCGAGUUCGGGCGCCGGGAAAUCGAAAUUGCUGAACAAGAAAUGCCAGCACUCAUGGCUUUGAGGAAACGAGCUCAGGGAGAGAAACCACUGGCUGGAGCCAAGAUUGUGGGCUGUACACACAUCACUGCUCAGACUGCGGUUCUCAUGGAAACCCUUGGUGCCUUGGGCGCUCAGUGCCGGUGGGCCGCCUGCAACAUCUACUCCACCCUCAACGAAGUGGCUGCCGCCCUGGCCGAGAGUGGAUUUUCCGUUUUUGCCUGGAAGGGAGAAUCGGAGGAUGACUUCUGGUGGUGUAUCGAUCGCUGUGUCAAUGUUGAGGGAUGGCAGCCAAACAUGAUCUUGGACGAUGGUGGAGAUCUCACACAUUGGAUUUACAAGAAGUAUCCCAACAUGUUUAAAAAGAUCAAGGGGAUUGUAGAGGAGAGUGUUACUGGUGUCCACAGAUUGUACCAGCUGUCCAAGGCAGGCAAGCUGUGCGUCCCAGCUAUGAACGUCAACGACUCCGUCACCAAACAGAAGUUUGACAACCUCUACUGCUGCCGAGAAUCCAUUCUAGAUGGCCUUAAAAGAACAACCGAUAUGAUGUUUGGAGGCAAGCAGGUGGUGGUCUGUGGUUAUGGAGAGGUUGGGAAGGGCUGUUGCGCUGCUCUGAAGGCCAUGGGCUCCAUCGUGUACGUCACGGAGAUUGACCCAAUUUGUGCCCUCCAAGCCUGCAUGGAUGGCUUCCGGCUUGUGAAACUCAACGAAGUGAUUCGGCAAGUGGACAUUGUCAUCACCUGCACAGGUAACAAAAACGUCGUGACCAGAGAGCAUCUGGACAGGAUGAAGAACAGCUGUAUUGUUUGUAACAUGGGGCAUUCCAACACGGAAAUUGACGUGGCAAGCUUGCGUACCCCUGAGCUGACGUGGGAACGGGUGAGGUCUCAAGUCGACCACGUCAUCUGGCCUGACGGGAAGAGGAUAGUGCUGCUGGCAGAGGGCCGCCUCUUGAACCUGAGCUGUUCCACAGUCCCUACCUUUGUGCUCUCCAUCACGGCCACCACCCAGGCGCUCGCCUUGAUAGAACUGUACAAUGCCCCAGAAGGACGUUACAAACAGGAUGUGUAUCUUCUGCCUAAAAAAAUGGACGAGUACGUGGCCAGCCUUCAUCUCCCAACAUUCGACGCGCACCUGACGGAACUUACAGACGAGCAAGCAAAAUACUUGGGACUAAACAAAAACGGGCCUUUCAAACCAAACUACUACAGGUAUUAAUUUCCUGUGGCUGAAGCCGGAAGGAAGACGAGGAACCGGAGCCCAGGGCCUCUCUCCAUUUCUGUACAGGACAACCAGCACCCCACCAAACGCCUGAAGUUAGAAACGGGCGUGCUCCUGUAGUACACAGUGUGUUAGGUUAUUUAUUUAUUAAACUAGAAUUCUGUAAAUGCGGCCUCUGCCAAUGGUGUUUUUCAAAUUGCCAGGGGGACUGUGAGAUGAUGGACUUUGGGUUUUUGAAGGGCUGGGGCGGGGUGGAAAGCGAUGGGGGUGGGAGGCGAGAGAUUGAUCGGCCAAACGAAUUUGACUGCAGAUUUUGUCAGCUUCACGCAAUUUGUUUGUCGCUGUAUUCUAAACCCAUGUAUCGCAAGAACGGGUAAAAGCAGGCAGCCAGGACAGAGGCGCUCAUCACUCUUGGUUUCCUUCCUUUCUAAAGUUUCUGUGCUACGGCAGUCAGGAGAACGAGGACAGAUUGGCAGGGGAUUGCGGAGCUGCUGCUUCUAAAAUGUCUCCAAGGCUUGAUAGGGUUCCAGUCGCUGCUUAAGCCUCUUCCAGCCUCAGGGCAGGGAAACUUGUUCUGAAUUUUAGCUGCUCGUGCAAGGGGAAGGGGGCCACCGAUGAUGUCCCGUUGGUGUCUGUGGAGCAGGCACCAUUUGCAGGAAACCACAGCCCAAGCUCUGCAACCAUUUGUGUGCGACUCUUGCCUAGCCCCAUCCUCUUCCAAACCUACCAAAGUGAUGCUUUAGUUAGGGCGCCAUGAGCUCCGGUCAGCCAGACGCCCCUCCUGUGGGCAGCCUCUGCUUAUGUUUCAUGGGCUCCUCCUCGAAGGCAAAGCUUGUAAACCUUCAUGCAGAGCUGCAGAUCAGGGCAGCCAAUCUGUGCUCUCCGGUGGACCUUCUUGGCCUAGAGUCUUCCUCGUGUGCUGGAGGGGUGGAGAAUGGGGGGCCAGACACGCAUGUGUGGUCUUAGGAAGUGUCCAAGCCUCCCUUGGCUGGCUUAGCCACUUUUUAACUGGUGUCUCUGUCACCUGCAAACGUGACCCAAGAAUUCUAUCGGCCCAAAAUAAUAGAAAAGCAGAUCUAGUUCACAAAAGUGGAGUCGAUCUGUGCUGCAAAUGGAGCAGGCACGUCUUUUGGUCACUGGAGUUUGUGACAGAUGCUGGCACCAUCUGGGGAUAACUUCCCUCGCAGAUCGUGUCGUGCUGGAGCUGUGCCUCCCCACUGGGUGUAGAAUGACCUGGAUGUGCACUCCAAAAUGCAGGGAAAUUGUUGUAUGGCAUUUCACGAGAGAGCUUUUCGCACCGCUGCAAGAUUUAUCCAGUGCCCCUCUCAUCUCCUCCCCGUUGCCGGCAUGUUGUAUUGCCUCUGUGCCUGCGCUACUAGUUCUUGUUAACAAGAUCUUAAAGGGGGGGUGGGGAAUUGGUUGCCUGACUGAAUCCUUGGCAAAGCCCUUUCGUUGUACCUGACAGGUUUAGAAAUCUCCUCCGGACGGGGCAGAUGAGUAACCGGCAAGUCAUUUUCUUCUGGUUCCGUGUGCCCUCCCCCCCCUGCCCCCGGUAAUAGUUGCAAAUAUUCUGAACAUGCUUGUUUCUUCUUCCUGGAAUCGGAGGCUCAGAUUUUCUGUAUAUAUUUGUGAACACUCUUGAGCUAAGCCCAGUUGGGCCCGUGUCUCUGCACCAGCCUUAAUCAAUGUAAUUUGCCAGCAAAUUGGAAAGGGAGGAACCUUGAAGAGGGUCCUGGAAGGAGCUCUGUUGUGAAAUCUUUUGGCUCCUGCUAAAAACAGCAAUCAAAUAAAAUCCUCCAGGGGUCUGGGCACAUGCGGAUGCCCUAGUACAGAUUCAACAUGAGGUGGCAGUUGGAAAACAAAAAGCAAAAGUUCCCGCCGUGGGGGUGGGAGGAGAUACAGCUGACAAAAAGUAUUUUAAGGCCCAGGAUGUUGCAUGGGAGGGAAAGCAGCUGAUAAUGGAGCAUAAACUGACCAGUUGCAAUCAUUCCUGUGGGCUGCAGUUUCCUGCCAAUAAAUCCCCGGUGGUCUAGACGCACCCUUCUUCAUCCAUUCAGUAGAAAAGGCUAGUCUCAGUCUCUUGCUGUUCCUGGGGACCGCGGCAGUACAAAGGCUUGCCUUGCUGUCCUUCAUACAAUUGUGAAUCUACAACCAUAUUUUGUGAUGUUUAAUCCCAUCCAUGGCCUGUAUAGGAAGAGGAUGGAUUGAGCUGUCUGGUUGUGUUGAAUGCAACGUUUGUUUGUGUGCUUACUUUUUAAAAAACCAUUUUGAUAAUCGCUUUCCUUUUUUGAGUACAGUUCGCAGCCACUUUUUUCACUCUGGAGUCUGUACGGGAGCCUCUCUGCUUGGGCACAAGGGAUUACUGCCACAGAUUUACUCCAAUAAAGACUGAGGACUUGUGUGUGCAACUUAAGAUUCAACCCUGCCCUCAGCCACACUGUCCCCCUGGCACCCAAAAAUGUAUCCUAGCAGGCGGGGAACAAGGAUGUCUAGUUAUGAAAAUCAAAAAGAGUCCAGUAGCACC